AUGACUAAUUGGGUGAUGGUGAUGGUUCGAUUGACUGAUUGGGUGAUGGUGAUGAGGUGGUAUUCAGCCGGACACUGUGUUCAAAAUAGCAUCCUCGCUAUUUUGCGAACCAAGUUUGGGCUUGCUAUAUUAAACAAGCGAGUCCAACGUUUUAAGGACUAUUUAACCCAGUCCAGUCCAAGAGCCUUAGUGAGGCAUGCCAAACAUGGCCUUAAUGUUAAAAUCAAAUUAAAGGAGGAUACGACGUCGUUAGGCUCGGGGGUUGGUGAAAGUUUUUGCCGUGGGAAAACUGAAGAGGAACUCCGCCAUCUCUUUCUUGGUUCUGCGUUCCCCCGCGAAUUUGGAAAAAGCGCCAUCUCUGCCCGUCUCUGUCGCUUCCUUCCUUCCUCGCUUCAAUCUUCACAAGGCGUUGAUCCCUCCAAAGCUUUUAGAUCAAGAUCACUCUCAAAUCCCCCACAAACCCAUCUGAUAUCCAUAAUGGUUGCGAAUGCUUUCCGCCAUCCUGUUGGGGUAAUUCAGCUCCAUGGUUCUGUUGGUGACACCGGUUCUAUGAGCAAAUGUAGGCAGAUGUCUUUCAGAUUUAUCUCCAAAAAUUUUGCGGUUGAUGUGGGUUUGCUUAGAAAAGGACAAUGUGGUUCUAGACAGUGUAAACUGCAAGUAAUUCAUGCAUCUUCUUCUCAAACUUCAACAACUGAUCCAAUUUUAUCUACCUCGAAAGCUGAAAGUGCUUUAAUACUAAUUCGUCAUGGUGAAUCUUUGUGGAAUGAGAAGAACUUGUUCACCGGUUGUGUUGAUGUGCCUUUAACCAAGAGAGGUGUAGAUGAGGCAAUAGAAGCCGGUAAGAGAAUUAGCAACAUCCCUAUAGAUAUGAUUUUCACAUCUUCGCUGAUUCGUGCACAGAUGACAGCUAUGCUUGCCAUGACCCAACACCGCCGAAAGAAGGUACCAAUCAUUACGCAUAACGAGAGUAGACAGGCGAAAACAUGGAGUCAAAUUUACAGUGGAGAUACUAAGAAGCAAUCGAUUCCAGUUGUAACUGCUUGGCAAUUGAACGAAAGAAUGUAUGGUGAAUUACAGGGUCUUAAUAAGCUAGAGACAGCUGAAAGAUAUGGAAAGGAGCAAGUGCAUGAGUGGCGUCGGAGUUAUGAUAUUCCUCCCCCAAGCGGCGAGAGCUUGGAAAUGUGUUCACAAAGAGCUGUAGCCUACUUUAAAGAACACAUUGAACCAAAACUACAAUCUGGAAAGAACGUGCUGGUUGCUGCCCAUGGGAAUUCGUUAAGGUCUAUAAUCAUGUAUCUUGAGAGAUUAACUUCACAGGAGGUUAUUAGCUUAGAGUUAUCAACCGGUGUACCACUGCUUUAUAUUCAUAAGGAGGAAAAGUUUAUGAGGAGGGGAAGUCCAGUUGGACCUACAGAACCUGGUGUUUAUGCUUAUACUAAGUCUCAUCUGAGAGAGACCAUUAGAGAAUCACGUGGAAUGAAAGAAGUCGAUGCUGUAGUCUAUGUCCAUCUGCUCCUCCCAGAGGUGGCAGCGUAUAAUAGCUCAUGGCACUUGCCCCGAGCUGGCUCAUCAGCCUGGGUGAGCUUAACUCCAUUGAACUUAGAGUGGGACCAGUUUCCUGGUCAUGCCAAGACUGAUGACAUUAGCUCGAGGAUAAAUAGUGCACUUAUAUUAUGUUCUGUUUCACCAGUUUUCUAG